ACUUCCGCUACGUAGCGCACUGUCUUCAAACGUUCCAAUGCCAUUGACUUCCUCGAUAGUGAGAACUACUACUAAGGACCACAGUUUUGAUUUGGACUCUAGUCGUGGGACAUUGAAAUGUAAGAAAUAAAACGCCAUGCCUUCAACCUUCCGAGCUGUUGAUUUUUCAAACUCAAAGUCCGAAGAAGACGGUCUAACGUUGAAUCCUUACCAGGAUGCCGCUAACGUGACGCUAGCCUUCAUUGGCUGCCCGUCUAGUCACACGGAGAUCUCAUUGAGCUUUGAAGGGUCUCAAGGCAGUGCGGAAACCUCUGGCGUAUGUCAGGUUCUUGGCAGUAAUGUGAAUGCGAGGUGCGAAAGUGACAAGCCAGGGAAACGAGCCUCGAUGCCGACUAAAUCACCGAGCCCCCGCCAGAGAACUCCAGAGCAAAGCGCAACGCUCGAUAAGAAAGAGGCAGGCAAGAAGGGCGAGCAUUCGAGAAGAAGCAAAGACGUUAGCUGCGUUAAAAACGCUUCUUUGGAAAGAGGAGAGGUUCUGAUCAAAGCAGGUAAUGACGAGCGCGUCUCGCCGCUGAUUUUCGGAAAUGCUCAUAAACCCAGAGAAAAAUCCCCAAGGCGUGCCACCAGCCUUCAUAAAAAUGCACCCGACGAAAUGUCCACUAAUCCUCAGAGGAAAUUAUCCAAAGAACGUUCUGGUGAAAUAAAAACCAUUUCAAGACUUAGGGCUUGUUUCAAAGGGUUAAAGCAAAAGACUCAGACCGGAAGUUUGGUUGAAAACGAAAUAAACACGGCUAAACACUUAGAGCAAAAUGCACGAAUACAAAGGCAGCUGAGACUUCCAAAAGCACAGGGGGACAUGGACAUUUUGUCUAAAGACGCCAUUGAUCCUUCCAAUGUAUUAGGCAGUGCAAUAGACUUUGAUAACCUUAACUUAGAUAAUUAUCCAGAGUGUUCAGAAAAUGCUAUCAACGCCACAGCAGAGCCCUGUUAUCCGUACCAUGGGUCUAGAUCGAAAGGGUACCCCAGCAUCGACAAGAUGUUUAUUGACGUGCUCAAGACACUGAUCAUUCAAAGCGGGCCCGACAGCAGCCCCGGCGUAACGUCCAUCUACAACGUCCCUGAAGGCCAGGGUAAUUUCUCCCACGAGAAAUCGUGCGACUUAAAGAUGGAAAGCGAGAUUGGUAAAUCCAAUAACGCUGCGACCGUCGCGACCGUCACUUGUUGCUUGGGAGAAUCAUGCGGCGACAGAUUGCGUAAUGAUGACUUGGCGCACGAAUGUUACCCGACCGACAAUCAAGGCGCAGUCGUUAUUUCGGGAGAGACACAAUUAUGCAACGAAAACACAAAUUGCAAUCAUAGUAUUGAGGGCGAUUACGAAGAAGAGGCGCUGGUAGGUUAUGAUCCAUUAUCUGCCAGUAACUCCUCCGAAGAUAUGUUCGACGCAUAUGAAGAGUUCUGUCAGGACGUAGGCAGCGUUGGAUGCAGUGAUGCUAUUUUUAGGAACGUUGAGGAGGCAGGCCAGCUGCAAAGACUUUGUAACAAAGUCAGUCACUUCCAUUUCCAAACCAAUGCCGAAGUCAAUUGUGACGUCUUUGUGGAUAACGCCGUUCACGAAACAUUCAGUAGUCCUAAACACUUCAUAGAUGUGAACGCCAAUGUGUUUAAUACAUUUAGUGGCAAGAGAUAUUCCAGAAACCAGAACAAUUCCUUAAAUGAUGACGGGGCACCAGAUAUCAACUGCAAAAAUACAGAUUCGGAUGACAAACCAACUGACCAUUGCGGUUCCAAAGAGUCGGCUCUAGGACCUGCUUCCCGAAAAGCUCAGAACGACGAAGAACAGUCGACCGUUGCGAAUAGUUGCUUUCAAUAUGAGUUGCUGGGCAACGAGAUCUCGUUCAAGAUUUCACCCCCCUCCUCCUUGACGCCCAUCAACUCGUCCGGAUCCGAAAGUGUUGUGGAUCAAUUCUUGAGUGUACCGGAGGCAUUUAUGUCCUUACGCACCAGGAUGUCUGAUUUGGAGGAUUUAAAAUCCAAUGGGGAUCCCGAAGAACAAGAGCGGGAAAUGGAGUACAGCGCGAACAGAAGUAAAAACCUCAGGUCAUAUUUCCACCUGAACAGCUCAGAGACUACGCAACGCUUUAUCACAUCUUAUAUCGAGACAGCUAGAGACAUUAUUAAAAGAGCCAAAGCAAGAUCGAUGAACCCGAAGAAUAUUUUUGAGAAGGUCAAUAAUUUUUGCGGGAAGAGUAAAAAAGAAAUUAAACUGAUAAAAUCGUGGUCCUUCUCUGGCGUCGCUAGUCUAGUAGGCAGAGCAAGUGGAUACACAUUUGCCAGCAACAGAAGUAAAAUUGUUGACUUAGAGACGAAGUGGGGCAGCCUACAGGAGGAUGACAUUUCAAUUAUAAAUGAUGACGAGAUCUCUCAACAUUCUGGUGAACAAUCGGCUUUAAGUAGCGACAGGACUUAUGAUAAUCACGUAGAAGUGAUGCAAAGUCAGGGAUGCAGCAAACGCUAUGUUUCACUGACAUCCAAGUAUCGAAAGCAGCCCUUUCAGGAGAUAGACUCAUCAUCAGCAGCUACGAACUAUACAACCGAAGAACAUGUUAACAUUCACAAGAAAGCCAAUGAUAAAGAAUUAAAUGAAGUUUGCACCAUCAGAUCUGCAUAUCUCGAGAAUGAUCGCAGCUCAGAACCACAACGUAACGACUGGCAUCGGAAGGGCCACACCGAAGACAGCCAAGAAGCGGCCUCACCGUCCGUGCCAGUCAAGUCUCAGAGCUUGUUGCAGGUUAGCGGAACGGUGCACGGAGAAUCACGCCUAAGUAAAAAUGUGAUGGCCAUGCUUUCUCAGGAAGUGACAUUAAAAAGAUACCCCAGUUUUUCAGACUUAACAGACAUAAAUGGAGAGAUGGGCCCUGGGGCGCAAACUUUGUUUAGAAAUAACGGCGAAAUGUGCCCUGGGGCGCAAUCUUCGUUUAGAAAUAACGGCGAGCAUCAAUUCGGCAUCAGUGAACACAUGAAUGCUGCAGAGUGCGUCAAACAAAAUAAUGAGGUCGCACCUGGGGCAAACGAGGUGCUCCUGGAUAAAAGCAUUGAUAAAAAAUCCAGAAAAGCUAAGAUUCUUGAGGCAGAAGCACUGAAGAAAACACCGCCUAACUCGCCCUACAUGGGCUCCGUCACUGGAACCAAGGUGCAGACCAUCGUCUCACUUCUCGAGUCUUGCAGCGUACUGCGCACGGACAGAGAACGUUUAGUUGCAGCUGAAUCCCAAAAUGUACAGCUUGAAAAUGACGCCGAUGAGUGCCAAGCUUCGAUCGACAAAGAGAGGUGUGCAGGUGCACUCAGCCUUCCAUCUCCCCCUCUCUCUUCCCCAGGCGACAGUACUGGCGACACACUCGAUGACAUUAAGUAUCCUUCUGAAUUACUUGAGCCAUUUAUCGCCUCCACCUCAAAAUCUGCUUCAGCUUCCCAGCGACAUGCAAUGACAACGGUAAAUCAUAUUUCAUCAGGCAAGGGUGAAGUCACACUGGAAAGACCCAUAGACAAGUCCAUGGAAGAACGCUUACAAAAGCCCGAUAGCAAAGCUGUAACCCUAGUUCGCACUGGGACGUAUCCGGGCAUGGAUACAGAAGAUUUGCCCAUGAAUACUCGUUGUUAUGGACAAGCAUCAGAAACAAAAGGCGAAGAAGAAAACAGUCUCUCUCUGUCAGUUUCUGAUAUCGGAACGUCGUCAGUGACAACGUCAGAAGAAGAACAACCCCCUGAGUUGAAAAUAAAAUUUGAGGUCAUGAGACCUACCAAAAUCACAUCGAAAUCUCCGAAAUCAUUUACCGGCUUCAAAACGGCUGCCAAAGAUCAUCAAGUUUGCCAUAAAACUUGUACCUUAAAGAACGGUCUGAAGCGGCUAGGAAAAUUUGGUUCCGUUAAAGCUUCAACGAAAGAUCCCAACGGUAGUAGCAAUGAGGACGCUACGUGUACGAAAUAUCCUCGAAAGAUUAAGUGGAUGACAGAGAGCCCUUCUGAAGAAGAAAGUGGGCGCUUAAAGUCCAGCUCUUCUUCGGACAUCAGCGAGCAUGUAGUAAAAGUGUCCACUGAUAAAAGCAAAGUGAAUUAUCUUAUUAUGCCAACGAAUGAAAUUAUGGGAAGCAACUUUCAAGCCACAACAACCCACGGAGAAAAUAAUACAAAUCUGGAGGCGGAAGACGAAAAAAAUGAAGUUGCACUAACACCAAGAUCAGACUCGAACAAUAAUGUCGCUUUGCCAACUAAAAAACGAAGGCUUAAAUUACACCAUGGAUUUUCGUACAGUCAUAAGCUCAAGCUCCAAGAAUAUGUUAAGUCAGAGCCAAAUGUAGCAUGCAAAACACACAAAAAGCAAUCUCAUGAUUCAGACAAGACGCAAAAAAAAACCAGCAAGAAACCAAAAGUGUUUACACAAAACCCAAGACCCCAACACAGCUUAACUUCUACGGCCGAGGUUGAUGACAACUUUGAUUGGUUUAAACACAAAUUUCGUUUAUCUCAAAGUUCAGAAAUCAGUGGUGUGUCUGAUUCUGAAGAUAACUCGAUGGAGAAGACCAUCAUUGCGUAUCAAUACGCUUCUGAAAGUGGGUCACCCAAGCGUGUGAAAAAGCUGGGUUCUAAAUUCACUCACGUACAAAGUAAGCCCUAUCACCUGAUCAGAAAAGAAGAAACAUUUACCAGUGACCCUCGCACAACAUCGACACUACACAAAAUGAGACAGAGUCAGUCUUUUCAGCUGCAUAACUCGGCAAUAUCAGCACAGCCGCUUCGAUCGGUCGGCGACAAUAAUUGUACCCAGACGUACAAACAUUGUAAGCGCCGUGGUGCAGCCACGCCAAUGUUCUUCAAGAAAACCUCCCCCAAAGCCAGUGUCAGCAAGAGAGCAAGAGGCCAGGUCAAGGGCGAAAUAUGUGUCGUUCCAAAAGUCGCUAAAAGCCUUUGGGAAGAGACCUCGGCGCUCCACGGCAGGGAGGAUGCACAAGGGUGGAGCACCAAACAGCAGCCAGUCCCUAGCCGCUUCCGGGCGAAUCGGUCAGACUCUAAAGCACCUAACGCCAACGAGUUUGUCAGACGCUCUAGUUUUCACCUGAACCGUUGCGACAUGAUGAUCAGGAAGUCUACAGCUACUAUACGAGCAUCGCAGAAGAUGGUGGAACGCUCCAAGAAAAGACUAGCCGACACUGCGGCCGAAAUGAAACGCCUGGAAUGCACCUAGAAGCGUUUUCUCGUCUCGUGAUUAUACUGAGCCUUACAAAUAGCACAGAACAAAGAAAUAACGACAACCCAUACUGUCCCAUGGAAGGCUACAUCGAAAUGUCGUAGAGAAAUGUUGGUCGGAAACUACAAUAUUGAAAAAUGUCCGCGGAAACAGUUAAUUAAUUAAAAAUUAGUAUUUUAUACACACGCUUCGAUAUAAAUAAAUGUAUUUUAUAUAUAGAUAUAAUUGGGAUAAAAAGCAUUAUCAUUUGGCAUACAAAUCAUUAUAUAAUUCUAAAACAAUAGUGAUGGGAUUCAAUAUUUGUUUAAUAUAUAGUCUUACAAGUCUUCUUCCGAUGCAGUUGGCCUCUUGUCAUUUUCUUUAUGAAAUUUGUCAACAUUCUUUGAUUGAAAUAUGAAAAAGUAACUAAUUCUACUGUAAUUUCCAUUUUCCAUUUCAUUAUGAACUAUCAGUAUUAAAUCUGAAUUGAAUAUUUUGUUUACAUUUAAUGCUAGUUGAUUUCAAGGAGGACUUAAAUUAAAAUAUGUUUAGCUAAUAAACGUAAAAUAUUAUUUGCAGAUAA